UAGCAAACACAGCAAGUAAAUGCGCGCUUCUCGUUUGUGAUUCGCGUAUGGGCCAUUCAGUAUGUUUUUUUCCGCCGUGCAGAUUAGAUAUCCGAUGGCGAUUAGCACACAUGCUACCGAUAUCGAUGUUACAGCGAUAUAAAUUGUUCCAGCUCGCCCUCGGAUUGAACGCGAGUGCAUAAACAAAUGAACUAGUGCCAUGUACUUUUAAUAUUCUUAUAACUAAAAACGUAACUUGUUAUCAAAAUGACGAAAAAGUUCGAGUUCGAUUGGCAAAUUCCCGUGCCAGAGCCGUUGCUCACCGGCUGCGUUGUUGAUCGCUGGACAGAAGUAAAGGACGAAACCGAAUUGGAAAAGAAUGUUAUGUUCAAAGUGGAUGAGUAUGGCUUCUUCAUAUACAUGAAAAGCGACAACAAGGAUGGAGAUGUGAUUGAGCUGUGCCAAGUGUCUGACAUUCGCGCGGGCGGCGUACCAAACGAUAAAAAACUGCUCUCCUUGCUGCAAGGCAAACAUGGCAACAACUUGGAUGAGAAGUCGCUCACGAUUUGCUCCGGCACCGACUACAUCAACAUCAACUAUCAACACAUUGUCUGCCCAGAUGCUGAAACAGCAAAGACCUGGCAGGCGGGUUUGCGUAAAAUUACACAUAACAAUAAAAUCACCAAUAUUUGUGUACGGACUGUUUUGAUGAAGCAUUGGAUGCGGCUGGGUUUUAUGGUUGAUCCAAAAGGAAAAGUGCCGGUAAAAGUUGUCGCUAAAACAUUCGCGUCUGGAAAAACCGAAAAAUUGGUUUACCAAUGCUUGCUUGAGAUGAAUUUACCCAGCGGCAAGAACGACGUGAUGGAAAAGGAAGACUUCACGUUUGAUAAGUUUUACGCGUUGUAUCACAAAAUUUGUCCUAGAAACGACAUUGAGGAGUUAUUCAGAGAAGUUUCAAAAGGUAAAGAAUUCAUCACCUUGGAGCCAUUCAUCAAUUUUCUUAACGAUAAACAACGCGAUCCACGCUUGAACGAAAUUUUAUACCCGUUAUACGAUGAAAAACGCGCUUCAGAAAUUAUUGCCACCUAUGAGCAGGAUGAAACCAUGCGCACGGAGAAUAAACUCACCAAAGACGGAUUGAUACGUUAUUUAAUGUCGGAUGAGAACGCUCCAGUAUUCCUUGAUCGAUUGGACAUUUACAUGGAGAUGGAUCUACCACUAUGCGCGUAUUAUAUUAAUUCUAGUCACAAUACGUAUUUAUCUGGUAGGCAAUUCGGUGGCAAGUCGUCUGUGGAGAUGUACCGCCAAGUUUUAUUGGCUGGCUGUCGCUGCGUUGAGUUAGAUUGUUGGGAUGGUAGAGGUGAAGAUGAAGAACCGAUAAUCACCCAUGGUAAGGCAAUGUGUACGGUUAUAUUGUUCAAAGAUGUUAUCUAUGCGAUUCGUGACACUGCGUUUGUUACCUCUGAGUAUCCAGUGAUUCUUUCAUUCGAGAAUCAUUGCUGUAAAGUCCAGCAAUACAAAAUGGCCAAGUAUUGUGAUGAAAUUCUUGGGGAUUUGUUGAUGACUUCACCACUGGAUGAUUUUCCUUUGGAGCCAGGUCAACCAUUGCCACCACCAUGCGCGUUGAAGAAUAAGAUUUUGAUUAAAAACAAACGCCUGAAGCCUGAAGUUGAAAAACAAGAAUUGGAGUUGUUCCGGCAGGGCCAGUUUGUAAUCGAAGACGAUGUCAAAGAGGAUGCUAGUGCUCCCGCAGCGGAUAGGCCUGUUCCGCCUGAUAUACCCGCAGAGGUUCCUGCCCCUGAUGGAGUUCCUCCUGAUGGUGAUGCGCCUGCUCAGAUACAAUACACUGGAUCUACCACAAAUGUUCAUCCGUGGUUAAGUUCCAUGGUUAAUUAUGCGCAGCCUGUGAAGUUUCAAAGUUUUGAACAUGCCGAUAAGAAAAAUAUCCAUCACAAUAUGUCGAGUUUUUCUGAACCUGCUGGUUUGAACUACCUUAAAACACAGGCGAUUGAAUUUGUUAAUUAUAACAAACGACAAAUGUCGCGUAUUUAUCCCAGCGGUACCCGAGCAAACUCUUCGAAUUACAUGCCGCAAGUAUUCUGGAAUGCUGGAUGUCAAAUGGUUUCAUUGAACUUUCAAACUUCUGAUUUGCCAAUGCAAUUGAACCAAGGAAAAUUCGAGUAUAACGGAAAUUGUGGUUAUUUAUUGAAGCCAGAUUUUAUGCGCCGUUCAGACAGGGUUUUUGAUCCGUUUGCUGAGAGUCCUGUCGAUGGUGUUAUUGCCGCACAAUGUUCAGUCCGAGUUAUUGCUGGUCAGUUCUUAUCGGACAAAAAGGUGGGAACUUAUGUCGAAGUGGACAUGUAUGGUUUACCAACAGAUACAAUUCGUCGUGAGUUUCGCACUCGUAUGGUACCUAUGAACGGUUUGAAUCCUGUUUACAAUGAGGAACCAUUCCUCUUUCGUAAAGUUGUCUUGCCCGAUUUAGCUGUGUUGCGUUUUGGUGUGUACGACGAGAAUGGCAAACUGCUUGGUCAACGUAUUCUUCCUUUAGAUGGUUUACAAGCAGGUUUCAGGCACAUUUCUCUGCGUACUGAAGCCAAUUUUCCUAUGUCCCUUCCGAUGUUAUUCUGCAACAUCGAGUUGAAAAUCUAUGUACCUGACGGCUUUGAAGAUUUCAUGGCCGCGCUUUCAGAUCCCCGAGGUUUUAUGGGUGCCCAGCAGAAACAGAACGAGCAAAUGUCUUCAAUGGGCAUUGAAGUCACGGACAACAAAAUGGACCCAACCAAAGGCGAUAAAAAAGAAGAAAAGAAGGAGGAGCCGCUUGUCUUUGAACCUAUUACUAUUGAAUAUAUUCGACAGGAUAAGGGUUUCCAGAAAACUACUAAAAAGCAACAAAAAGAGUUUGAAACUCUCAAAAAGAAACAAAGUAAAGAAAAACUUGCCAUGCAGAAAACUCAAUGUACCUCUAUCGAUAAACUAAUAAAAGGUAAGGAUAAAAACGAGUUGGUGAAUGAUCCAGGUGUUCGAAAACUCGUCAAGGAGCAAACAAUUCAGUGGAGCGAGUUGAUGGAGAAGCACCGCAAGCAAGAAUGGGAAUAUCUCCGCACGCAAUUGGACGAACAGCGAGAUGUACUCCGAAAACACAUGGAGUUAAUCCAACUGUCACAAAUGAAACAACUUGAAGCAAAACAGGAGCGUGAGAUGAAGGAAAUAAAUGCUCGACAGGCAAAAAUUUCGGUUGAGACUAGUCGUGAGAUCAACAAUGAUAAAACACUAAAAACCAAACAGGAGAAGGAACGCCGCCUGCGCGAGAAACAACAGAACAAUACGAAGAAGUUCGUCGACGAGCGUAAAAACAUUACCAUCAAACAAGCCAAAGAAAAGGAUAAGUUGAAGAUUAAACAUGACAAGCAAUUGGAGAUGUUGUCGCACGACAUACAGAAAUUGAUUGAGAUGUACAAAACCGAAGAGAUCGAGUAUGACAUGUCUGGGAAAACGGAAUUCUUCGCCUAAAUUAAGCACAUUAGAAGCACGCGUAGCGGACAUCUCAAUUAAUAAUUCGAAUAUUUGGACCAAAUUACUUUCGAAUUUCUAGCGAUAACGUACAUAUAUUCGUAUUAAAUCAAACCAAAGAUAUAUAAAGAAAUAUUUGCGCCUAUUUAGAGCUCCACUUAAAACUAUAUUUCGGCCUCGGAGAAAAUUACUAUUUUAUUCGUCAUAAAUCGUCAUUAAUUAGUAUGUAUUGAUAUCUAUUGAAAAAAAAAAUGGUUGUUGUGAUUUUAAACUUAUAUUUUAUCUCGUGGAUCAACUAAAAUGUUAUUAAGAAAUAUUACUAAAAGGGUAACAAUUAGUAUUUGACCUGAUUUAAUCAUUGUCUUUAUUACUCUGUAAGUUCAUGAGAGAAUAUUUAUUAAUGUUGAGAAAAUAGAUUCAUUAUUGUGGAAA